AUGUGGCUCCCUUCCUCUUUUUUCACAGCGCUGGCUGCUGUUUCCUCCAUACCUCUAGUAGCUGCGUCAUUAGCUACUCCUCUGCACGAACCUGGGCGUUGCGCCAUCCGAGGUCACUGUGGAAAGCAGGGCUUUUUCGGCUCUGAUCUGCCCUGCCCAGACAAUGGAAAGGCCGCGCCACCAUCCGAUGAAGUGCGCCAAAAGAUAGUGGACCUGUGCGGACCGCAGUGGAAAGAUUCCGACGUUUGUUGCAAGGAAGAGCAAGUCGAUGCCCUGUCAAAGAAUCUCAAGCUUGCCGAGAAGAUCAUCGCCUCGUGUCCUGCUUGCAAGGAGAAUUUCUUCAAUUUAUUCUGCACAUUCACCUGUUCUCCCGAUCAGUCUACUUUCGUCAAUGUUACCGAGACGGGCAAGUCCUCCGCUGGGAAUGAUGUGGUGACGGAACUGGACAACAUUUGGUCAAAGGAGUACCAGAGUAGCUUUUACGACAGCUGCAAAGAGGUCAAGAACGGCGCCAGUGGUGGGAAAGCCAUGGCAUUCAUCGGCGGAGGCGCUCAGAACUAUUCUGAAUUUCUCAAGUUCUUGGGCGACAAGAAGUUUCUCGGCAGUCCGUUUCAGAUCAAUUUUCUGGAGAAAUCGCGCUACAAUGAUUCGGAUGGCUUGGAACCGAGCAAUCCAAAGUCAUACGCCUGUAAUGACACCGAUCCCAAUUAUCGUUGCAGCUGUGUCGAUUGUCCGGCGGUAUGUCCUACACUCGACCCUGUUCACUCGGCGGAAUACUGCCACGUGGGGAAGCUUCCUUGCCUCUCUUUCGCCGUCAUCAUUAUCUAUACCAUCUCGCUACUUCUCCUGGUUACAGCGAUUUCUGGACACAUCGCCUAUAGGAGACACAAGCGAAGAAAGACCGAGCGACUGCAGCUUCUGCAGGACGCCUCUCCUAGUGAUGAUGAGGACGAGGGUGACUUGGUCCACAAUGCUGGAAUGCUAGAAAGACCGCUGCGCAACUACUACCUCAACCAGCUAUUUGAUCGUGCCUUCAGCAGGCUUGGUGGAUUUUGCGCUCGAUAUCCUGCCCUCACAAUAUCCACAAAUAUCUUGUUCAUCGGCUUCCUCAGUCUUGGUUGGUUAAAGUUCGAAGUUGAGAGAGACCCUGUUCGUUUGUGGGUUAGCCCAACAUCUGACGCUGCCCAAGAGAAGGCAUUUUUUGACGCAAAUUUUGGGCCUUUCUACCGCACGGAGCAAGCGUUUCUGGUCAACGACAGAGACUCAGGUGCUGUAAACGCCAGUGUUCUAUCCUAUGAAAAUCUAGAAUGGUGGUUCGAUGUCGAGGCACGCAUUUCUCGCAUGAUGACCAAUGACAACAAAAUCACACUUUCUGAUAUCUGCUUCAAACCCACAGGUUCAGCCUGUGUGGUGCAAUCGGUCAGUGGCUGGUUCGGUGCCGGACUUAUGCAAGACUGGAAGGAACAGAUCGAACUAUGUGCUGCCCACCCAGGAGAUCAGCGCUGCUUACCCGAAUUCAUGGAUCCUCUACAACCAGGCCGUGUUCUCGGUGGUUAUAGCAGUAUUGAUGAAAUUGCGCAAGCAAAGGCACUGAUAACCACUUGGGUGGUCAAUAAUGAUCAACCAGGCACCAAAGCUGAAGCUAGAGCUGAAGAGUGGGAGAGUGCUCUCAAGCAUGAACUGCUCAUUGCUCAGGAUCAGGCUGCUAAUCGUGGCUUGAGACUCUCCUUCAAUACGGAGAGGAGUUUGGAAGAAGAACUCAACAAGUCCACAAACACGGAUGCCAAGAUCGUUGCCAUCAGUUAUGUGGUGAUGUUCAUCUAUGCAUCUCUCGCCCUAGGAUCUGCAAGUCUCUCCCUCAAAUCACUUGUCAACAACCCUUCCAAUGCCUUUGUGCAAUCAAAAUUCACCUUGGGCGUAGUCGGAAUCAUCAUUGUACUGAUGUCAGUGUCCGGCUCGGUCGGGUUGUUCUCUGCACUUGGAGUCAAAGUGACCUUGAUAAUUGCAGAAGUUAUCCCAUUUCUGGUCCUCGCAGUUGGCGUUGACAAUAUUUUCCUCAUCGUACACGAGUUCGAAAGGGUCAAUGUCAGUCACCCAGAUGAAGAGAUUGACGAGAGAGUAGCCAAAGCCAUGGGUCGGAUGGGUCCAAGCAUUUUACUAUCUGCAUCUACUGAAACCAUUGCCUUUGCUAUGGGAGCAUUUGUUGGGAUGCCAGCUGUCAAGAACUUCGCUGCCUACGCUGCAGGUGCGGUCUUUAUCAAUGCGGUAUUGCAGGUGACCAUGUUCGUUUCGGUUCUGGCCUUGAAUCAACGACGUGUGGAAAGUCUAAGGGCGGAUUGCUUUCCCUGUGUUACGGUAAGGCGUGCAAAUGCUGCAAAUCUUCCUGGCCAUUUCUUCGGUAGUGAUGAAGAAGGUUGGUUGCAACGCUUUAUCCGGAAAACCUACGCGCCAGUUAUCUUGGACAACAAGGUCAAGACUUUCAUCCUGACCGCAUUCGUCACUCUCUUUGCUGCAGCAAUUGCGCUCCUUCCCGAGGUUGAACUUGGACUGGAUCAACGUAUCGCAAUUCCGUCGGACUCUUACAUGAUUCCUUACUUCAACGAUCUAUAUGCCUACUUUGGCUCCGGGCCCCCGGUUUAUUUCGUUACACGCAAUUUGAAUACAACCUCAAGAACUCAUCAACAACAGGUUUGCGGUAGAUUCACUACUUGUGACGAAUACUCCUUGUCUUAUAUUCUCGAGCAGGAGUCGAAACGACCAGAAGUCAGCUAUAUCAAUUCAGCUACUGCGAGUUGGAUCGAUGAUUUCUUCUACUGGUUGAAUCCGAUUUCCGAUUGCUGUAAGGAUGACAACGGGGACACCUGCUUCGCAGAAGAUGACUGGAAUAUCACUCUAUCAGGCAUGCCUGAAGGCGAGGAAUUCAUUCACUAUGCCACUAAAUGGCUCCAUGCACCUACCGAUGAGGAAUGUCCGAAUGGUGGACAGGCAGCAUACUCUAAUGCUGUUGUGAUCGACAAAAAGCACACCGAUAUACCUGCAAGCCACUUCCGAACCUUUCAUACACCACUUCAAGGGCAAAGCGAUUUCAUUAAUUCUUUUGCUGCUGCACGAAGAAUUUCGAGCGACAUCUCAAAACGUCACAACAUUGAUGUCUUCCCAUACAGCAAACACUACAUUUUCUUCGAUCAGUAUAGCAAUAUUGUCCGUCUCACUGCUACUCUACUAUUGGUGGCGGUUGCAAUCAUUUUCAUUCUAACUUCAUCUCUACUCGGCUCGUUGUUGACAGGAGCAGUUGUGGCUUUCACUGUCAUCAUGAUUGUUGUCGACAUUAUCGGCGUUAUGGCAGUGGCAGGUGUUUCACUGAAUGCUGUGUCACUUGUUAACUUGGUCAUAUGCGUUGGCAUCGGCGUCGAAUUCUGUGCACAUAUUGCCAGAGCAUUCAUGUUCCCAAGCAAAUCAGUCAUGGAACGUGCAAGACAUAAGUUCCGGGGCAAAGAUCUACGUGCCUGGACAGCUCUCGUGAAUGUUGGAGGCAGUGUCUUCAGUGGCAUUACAAUCACAAAAUUCCUGGGAGUUACAGUUCUGGCAUUCACAAGGAGCAAGAUAUUCGAGAUCUAUUAUUUCCGCAUCUGGCUGGCUCUGGUCAUCCUCGCCAGUUCGCACGCUUUGUUAUUCUUGCCAGUGGCGUUGAGUUUCUUUGGUGGUGAUGGAUAUGUCGACCCCGAAAGUGAGGGCGGCUUAGAGGAAGAUCUCGCUAGUCGUCGGUACCGGAGCCUGCUGCCGGAUGAUGACUAUGACUCUGACGAUUGA